CCAUCCCGAAAGGAUGCAGAUGGUGUGGGGCGGAGCGGGCGGGACGGCUGCCCUGGGGAUCACCCCGGGCCACCCAGCUCCUGGGCUGGGGCAGGAGGAAACCAGCACGGGCAGGGGAGCUCAGCGGAGAGGGAGGAGAGGGACUCUUCCCCAUGCCUGCGUCGGGACAGACCUGGGCGCUGGCACGCUGCGGCCGGACCCUGCCGCAGCUGUGGGUGCAGAGAGGUGUCAGAGGACAGGGAGGCAGGGCAGUGUGGGUGGUCCCGUGCCCCGACGACACCGACAGCUCCUCUCGGUGCCCAGGUGUCCAGAGGAGCUGCUGCCAUGGAGCUGGGGAACAUCUCGAAGCCCACGUACGGGCCUGGCCCCGAGGCGCCGGGGAGCAGCACGCCGGGGAUGGUGGCGAUGGCACACGGCUUCCUGCGGCUGGUGCAGCCACACGCCCUGCCCACAGGCCUGAUUAAUUUUGGGCAGCCCCAGAACGGGUUCAGCCAGGAGGACAUCCGCGAGCUGCUGCUCUAUGAACUGGGUUUCUUGGUCUGCGUGGCCAUUGGAGUCGUCCUCAUCAUCCUCGUGCCGCUGGUGGGAUGCUGCUUCUGCUGCUGCCGCUGCUGCGGGCACUGCGGGGGCCGCAUGUACCAGAAGCAGGGCCGGCGGAUGGGCUGCCGGCGCCGGGCGCUCUGGGCCUCUGUCCUGCUGGUCUCCGCUUUCCUCCUGGCUGGUGGUGUUUGUGCCCUCAUCAGCAACACCCGCUUCUCCCAGGCUGUGAAGAGCACCUUUCCCAAUGUGAACAACACUCUGGAUGAUGUCCAGACCUACCUGGCCUCCAUCCCCCAGCAAGUUGAUUUUAUCAUCAACAAGAGCGAUGUCCCGCUGGACUAUGCCAACCGCAGCCUCCAGGACAUUGGGCCCAAACUGGGCAGCAUGAUCACCUCACGCAUCAGGAGCAGCAUGGAUGGGGCUCUGGGGUCUCUCCAGAGCCUCUUGCAAGGGAUGGAGAUGCUGAAGGACACCUUUGCCAACAUUUCCAUCAUCCGCUCAGAGCUCAAGGAGCUGCAGAGCAACUACAGCCAGUGGCUGGUCAGCCUGCGGGACAGGCUCAACAACACCCUGCAGAAAUGUGGCCCCCCCUGCAGCCGAGUGUCCCUGGACGGGCUCGCCUUCACUGCCAACUUCAGCACGAUCCCAGGUGUGGAGCAGCAGCUGGAGGCACUGCGUGAGGUCUCUGAGUCAAACAUAGAGACUGAUUUAGAGGAGGUUAACAAAACGCUGGGCAUGACCCCUGACAAGGUGCAAGAGCAGUCCCAAGAAGUGGUGGCAAAGAGCCAGGACCAGCUGCUCCUCGUCAGGCAGGAGAUCAGAAGCUUGCAGGAAGGGUUGCCGCUCCUGGAUGCAAAGGAGAAAGUUGGGGCCUUUGUGAAUGAUGCCACAUCGGUGCUGGAGGAGUACAGGGAGCCGAUCAUCGCCUGGGAUGGGCUCAGGCUGAUCGUGUGUGCCCUCCUGUGCUGCACAGUGCUGCUGGUGGUCCUCUGCAAUGUUUUUGGGCUGCUGCUGGGGCCCCUGGGGCUGAAGGAAGGUGUGCUGCCCACACAGCGCAGCAGCCUCUCCAAUGCUGGCGGGAACUUCUUCAUGGCAGGGGUUGGUUUCAGUUUCAUCUUCUACUGGCUGCUCAUGCUGCUGGUGAUGAUCGUCUUCGCGCUAGGGGGGAACAUUUACAUGCUCUUCUGUGAGUCCUGGCACAACCAGCAGCUCUUCCAGCUCCUCGACACCCCUGGCAAGAUCCCUAACUUCAAUCUCUCAGAGCUGCUGGGCCUGAAGGGUGACACAACAAACUUCUCAGAGAUAUACAGGCAGUGCCAGCAAGAUGCUUCCCUGUGGCAAACUCUGCACUUGGACCAGAGCAUGUCCCUAGAUGAGCUCUUGAAUAUCAGCCAGUACACAGGAAACAUCUCCACGGCUUUUGAGAAGAUGAACAUCAUCCUAAGCCCCAUCUCCCUGCUCAACCAGAGCCAGAAAGACCUGCUGCUGAGUGCUAGUCAGGCUGGACAGCCUCCCAACUUCACCCUCACCCUGGAGCAGCUGGAUCAGAAUAUGACCCAGGGAAGCCUCCUGGAUCUGGCUGCAGAGCUGGAGCAGCUGGCAGGAAAAGUGGGCACAGAUGUGAAGGAGAGCCUGGAAGAUAAUGCUCACAAACUGAGGGAGCUGGAAAAGGAGAUGCAGGAGAAUUUCUCUGGGCCACUGCAAAGUCUGAAGGAGAGCAUCUACUCAGUGCAGAGUGGGGCUGUCCAGCUAGAGGGACAGACAGCAGCUGCGCUGGACAAAGCCAACAAAACCCAGGAGUUCCUGGAGAGGGAGAUGCCAAACAUCAUCAAGAACGAGACAUUGGCCUUCCUGGAGCAGCUGCUGGAUUUCUUUGAGACCUACAUUUCAUGGGCCAAGAGCAGGGUGAGAGAAGAUGUGGCGCGUUGCAAGCCCAUAGCUCAGUCCUUGGAUAAUGUGGAGGUCAUUGGCUGUGACUAUAUCAUGGACUCCGUGAAUGCCUUCUGGUUCAGCCUGGGCUGGUGCACCUUGUUCCUGCUGCCCAGCAUCAUCCUGGCUGUCAGACUUGCCAAGUUUUACCGCCGCAUGGAUAUUGCUGAUGUGUACAGGAAUGAAGACUUUGAGAUGCCACCAACAUUCAACGCCUACAAAAUCCCCAGGCCUUCCACAAGGCAUUAGCUCCCAUCACCUGCAGAUGGAGAAGGAAAUGGACAGACCCCCUCACUUGAAAAAUGUGACUAUUUAUUUUUGCAGGGAACCUGCCUCUUUCUAAGGUUGUAAUUUUUGGUGUCAAACAAUAAAUGGUGUGUUUGUGUGCAUUGUGGGAUGUGACUGUGUCCUCAGGUCUAGCAGUGAUGGAAGUACGCAGGGCUAGGGGCUGGAGGGUUCCCCACUGCUGGCACGAGCUGAGGCUCUGCCUGGGACCACAGGGCUUUCUGGUGUUGCCAAGUGUGCUCUGCCCACAGCCAGCCUGUGGGUCGAUACAGGAUCACUGCUCAGUGUCACCAAGACUGGGUGAUGUUCCCCUCCCUGGGCAGCCCUUUGCACCUCUGACUGGGUGAGUGCCAGGUCCCUCCCUGGGACAAGCCACACAAAGAGCCUCCUGUCUAUGAAGUGCCACCCCAAGCUGUCCCCAGCACAUAAGCACUUCCCUCUGGCAACUCUAGCACGUAUCAUCUGUGGAUUUCCAGUGAGUUUAUGGGGUGCUUGCAGCCCACACCUUCUCUCUGCAAGAUAUGGUGCCAUGGGUACUUCCUGUGCCCACCCCUGCACACACCGUGCUCUGCACAGAAAAAGCUGCAUGCACAGAUAAAUCAGGGUGACUUGGUCUAGAGCCUUGGGGUGAGUUCAGGUAUUGCUUUGUGCUGCUCCUUGGUGCAAGUGCAGGGCCCAUCCCGAAAGCUGUGUUGGGCACAGGGGAUAUACGUGAGCAGCUUGACUCAUUUCCUUUGUAGCAAAGUCCAAGUUUCUCUGGAGCACAGUGAGAGGGCCAGGCCAGCUCCCCCUCCACUACGUGCAUCUCUUGCUGUUUUUCCCACUUGCCUUCAGAUCUAAUUGCUAGUUUUUCUUUGGGCUUUAUCUGAGGCUGCACCGGCCUUACCUCCUGCUGUCUCCCCCCUGCAGAGUGUGACUGCAGCGAGAGCCCUGUGCUUGCCUAUCAGUCAGCUCAAUCUGUCCUUCAGAUUGCUUUGGCCCCUGCUUCCCCCAGGGCUGCUCACCCUUCCUGGUUCUUGCCGUGAGAUAUCCAGCAACCCCUUGGAAAGCAUUCAGCUCAGUUUUUGGCCCUGGACCCUCAGCCCCCAGAAUUCUACUUCCUGUUUGUCUGGGGCCCAUACAUGGAGGCUUCUGCCCCCAGGCCUCAGGCUGUCCCUACUGCGUCAUGUUCCCGCUUCCUCUUCCCUUGCUGUGCCUCGGGGAUGCCUGCUCACACAGGACUGCUGCUGGCUUCAGUUUCUGCUUGCUGGCUUUGUGGACAUUGCCUCUUCCCUGCUCUCUGUUUUCUGCAGAGCCAGUGCUGGAAGGCAGGGAGCUUCACCCUCAUUUACUGUGGCAACCUGCAUCCAAACCCAGCCCUGGCAAUGAAGACAUUCCCCCAGACGACUGCACAGCCUUUGCCAGGGUGUGGGGCUUGCUCUCAGCAGCUCCCCAUUCAGUGCAGCUCCAGGGCAGUGUUCCAAUCUCUGGAGCCAUGAGGCUCUAAGAGGUGCUGGGGUCCAUCCAUUAUCCUCCUCCCAAACAGCCCUGGGCGGUGGGUGAGAGCAGAGUCUGGCAAGGCCACCAGCUGCCUGGAGAGGAGGCAAGGACAGCUCAUUACAGAAUGCCCUCAGUGGAUGCCACCAGCUCUCCUUUCAGGCCCCGCUCCCUCUGCUCACGUGUGGCAGCUGCCAGAGUGAGAGGGAAACUCAGAGUGCCCCAUGGCCAAAGCACAAGGACCCUGCGCCAAGGAAGGUCUCAUCAAUAGCCAGCCACUCUCUAGGGAACCAUUGCAGCAGUUCCUCUUCCUCUUUGCCAGGCCUUUUUCCACCACAGGGACUUUCCGCAGCCAAGCCCUUCUCUGGGGGACUCUGCCACCUCUUUACAGUGGUUUCACAAACAAUAAUCUCCAACAACAGCUCUGACACUGUGCCCGGCAGCAGGAUUUUGCUGAGCCAGCCAGGUGCUCUCCGUAGCUAGUUUUCCUAAAAAAUAGAGAAUUUGCAGCUCUUGAGAAAAAAAAUCCUCCCUUCCUCAACUCUCUGUUGGGCCCAGCCACAGCCAUGCACGGCCUGGAUGCCCUUCCCUGUGGCACAUAGCUCCUGCCUGCCUGUGCAGACUCCUGCCUCCACGGCUUCAUAGUGGUAAGCAGCGGAGUACCACAGAGGGCAUGAGCUAGCUGGCAUGCUCUCUGAGCCCAGCU